AUGGGUACAAUGGUGUCAUUACCGCCAAGCCCUGAACCAGAAGGUGCUUCAACAAUCUCGGAACGCCUUUUACUUACGCUUGCUCAGAAACCACUACGAAUGACCAAUAUGCUACACAUGACCAGGAUUAUAAGUGAUUGCAGUUCAGAAGAAAAAUUACAAUUAUUUCAAGCUGGUGUCCUUAGACGAAUAUGCGAAAAGAUAGCCGAAUGUGGCGGCAUUAAUAAACAAAACAGGUCAGAAUUUGUUCACAGUGAAAGAAGGAGAGGACAACAAUCAUCUACAAGGACAAGCAAUUACACAGGACACAUCCAGAAAGGUGUCGGCUACGGAUAUGGUUCGACUCGUAGCCGAUGGAAUAUCGAACGGACGAUAGAAGAGCGUCUAAUCCGGGAGGAGCAUCUCAUUUGGCUACUAAAUGCUGUAACAGCAUAUAUCUACUGCGCGUCACCGGACUUUUCCACCAAUGAGCAUUUGCAUUUCAUAGAUCGAUUUCCGGUUCAUAUCAGUAAGCCAGUUGUCCGAGAACUGAGCGAGUCAGCUAUCAUUCCGUUGCUUGAAUAUCAUCUUAACAAUGAUAGUGUUUUCGACGUUAGCGAACGUACAGAACUAUAUCAGGCGCUUCUGGAGACAGCAGCGGCAAUGUCUGUAGUGCCGGCUUUGGUACCGUACUUGGUGCAUCCUGUUAACUGUUCUCGUUCGAUUGCUAAAGAUUUAAUGAUACGAUUCUCGAACACAAUGGCCUCAUAUCCCAAUUCUUUCAAAGGCCAAAUGGGUUCACUGGAUUUUAGGUUUAUCGAUUUUAUCACCAAAGUACAACAGUACUCAAAGGUUCUGAUAGCUGCUGCUUACCGAUAUGAGCAAGAUAUUCCGGUCGAAGAACGAGUAAGGACAGUAGCAAUGAGAAUUGAGAACGAUGAAGCACUGCUGUUGGGAAAAUGCGAUGAAGAGAUGUCUGCUGAAAAAGAAAAUCUAUCAAUUCUUUACUAUAGAACUUUGAAAAAUAUUCAAGUGCAAACACUCAGAUUUAUCGGUGAUUAUGGCAAACUUACGGUACCGUUUACAUUCAAGAAGGAAGUGCGUAACGUGAAUCCGUUCUCAUCAUCUCUGAAAGAAAGGACAAAAAGAAUUGCUAAGGAACUUGCGUCAAUGCCAAACAGCUUACCUUUGAAUGCUAGCAAUAGCAUAUUUGUUUGCUUGGAUGAAGGACGAUGUGACAUUGUCAAAGUGCUUAUCUCGGGACCAGAUGACACACCUUAUCAGAAUGGCCUCUUUGAAUUUGAUGUUUUCUUUCCAACAAGCUAUCCGUUUUCGCCACCAAAAUGUGCUUUUCUGACCACUGGCGAAGGGGAUGUGCGCUUUAGUCCAAAUCUUUACAAUGAUGGUAAAAUUUGUUUAUCGAUACUAGGUACAUGGGAAGGACGGCCAGAGGAGAAAUGGAACGCACAUUGCUCUCUAUUACAAGUGCUUAUUAGCAUUCAGGGUUUAAUACUCGUGAAGGAGCCAUAUUUCAACGAACCUGGCUUUGAGAAGUAUCAAGGAACUGCGAAAGGUGACGGAUAUUCAAAACGUUAUAAUCUUCAGGUCGAAUAUGCAACACUAACUUACGCAAUUAGAGAACAAGUUAGAAAUGGCCCUUCGUAUUUCAAGGACGUUAUUAAGCGUCAUUUCUGGCUCAAACGUCACAGAGUCAUUGAGCAAGCACAAAACUGGCUUAGAGAAAUGAACAAAUAUACACCCGAAAUCGAGAAACAUUUACGAAAGAAUAGACGAUUGCCGUUUGAUACAGCGACUAACUUCUUCGCACAGGAGCAGAUGAUUUGUCAGAUUAUUGAAGAUUUCCGAAAAAUGAGCACCAGCAGUAGGCAAUGUAAGUUCAUUCUUUUUAUCUAUACCUCUAUAGAGAAAGGGAAAAUAAGGUUACUCACUGUAGAACUAAACGUGUAA